AAGCCAACCACAAGAUAGGCACACAGCGGCGUUCAGCCCCGAGAUGAUGCCAAGUGUCACUCCCAGGAUUUUCCUGAUACCCUGCUAUUAGUACUCUACACUGAACUUCUGGCAUUGGUGACUUCCCCAACCCACUCACAAUCACUGCAAGAAGACGUAGGAGCCAUGAGAGGCAGAGGAACAGGAGAAGACAUAUACACCCCAAUGUACGGUAGUAGAGCAGUAUACUACCUACCUGAUCGAUCCUACUACUUGCUUGCACUAAGGCUCCUAAAUUGCCAACGUGGUGCAAGUGCCAAGCUAAGAUCUCUCCUUUCAUGAAUUAUAAUUUUGGCGGCAGCGUUCUGGAGGAGGAGGUUGGAGGUGGUGAAGGGAGUCGGCCAUGGGCCAGGCCGUGCGAUGGGUGCCGCGCGGCGCCGAGCGUGGUGUACUGUCGCGCCGACGCUGCAUACCUCUGCGCGUCCUGCGACACGCGGGUGCACGCUGCUAACCGCGUGGCCUCGCGCCAUGAGCGUGUGCGCGUCUGCGAGGCAUGCGAGUGUGCCCCCGCCGUGCUGGCGUGCUGUGCCGACGCGGCAGCGCUGUGCGCCCCCUGCGACGCAAAGGUGCACUCUGCAAACCCACUCGCCGGGAGGCACCAACGCGUGCCCGUGGUGCCACUCCCCGUUGCAGCCAUUCCGGCUGCUUCUGUGCUUGCUGAGGCAGCAGCCACCACCAUGGCCAUCGGCGACAAGGAAGAGGAGGUGGACUCUUGGCUGCUGCUCAGCAAGGAUCCUGACAACAACAAUUGCAGUAGCAACAACAUCAGCAACAGCAACAACAACAACAUGUACUUUGCAGAAGUGGAUGAGUUCUUUGAUCUUGUCGGCUACAAUUCAUACUGCGACAACCACAUCAACAACGACCCAGAGCAGUACCGAAGGCAAGAACAGCAGCUGAUGCAAAAAGAAUUUGGAGAUAAGGAGGCAGGCGAGUGCGUGGUACCUUCACAAGUUGUGAUGGCAAACGAGCAGCAGCAGAGUGGCUAUGGAGUUGUAGGGUCAGAGCAGGCUGCCUCCAUGACUGCCGGGGUCAGUGCUUACACCGAUUCCAUCAGCAACAGCAUAUCUUUCUCAUCAAUGGAGGUGGGUAUAGUACCAGACAACAUGAUCACAGACAUGACAAACGCCAACAUCCUGACAACUGCUGGAGCCAUCAGUCUCUUCUCAGGUCCUUCACUUCAGAUUCCAAUUCACUUCAGCUCUAUGGACAGAGAGGCCAGGGUCUUAAGGUACAAGGAGAAGAAAAAGAAUAGGAAGUUUGAGAAGACCAUACGUUAUGCAACAAGGAAGACAUAUGCAGAAGCACGACCAAGGAUCAAGGGCCGCUUCGCCAAAAGAUCUGAUAUGGAAAUAGAAGUGGACCAGAUGUUCGCAACUGCAGCUCUGUCUGAUGGUAGCUAUGGUACUGUCCCAUGGUUUUGAAGGAACUUGGUGAGACAUUAUCUCAUAGGCAUAUGUAUUUGUAUUGACCAUAUUGAUAUGGUCCAGUGCAACUAGUUCUAGGAAAUCGAUACUAUGAAUAAUAUUGUGCUGUUUAAAACAUAUCAAUCAAGUACUUUGACUCCUAAGUUUUGGUUUGUAAUUUCAGCUAGCAGAUAUAUGUUGUUAAAUACUUGCUCAAUCACAUUAACAUUUUGAA